AUUAGUCGUUCGGAAGCUUCCAUCUGCUGUGGAAGUGACGUCACAGACUCCAUGAGGAUCGUCGCUCGCAGCGCUCAGGGUACAGUAUGGCAGGCCUGUGGAGAUCCUAUCAGGUACUGAUGUCUAAGAAUCCAUGGACUGUUCAGAUAGUCACUGCCGGCUCCCUGGUGGGUGUGGGGGAUGUCAUCUCGCAGCAGCUGAUCGAGCGGCGCGGCCUGAGCCAUCACAGCCUGACGCGCACCGCCAAGAUGAUGAGCAUCGGCUUCGUGUUCGUGGGCCCCGUGGUGGGCGGCUGGUACAAGGUCCUGGACAAGAUCGUCACAGGGACAGGAAAAAGUGUGGCACUGAAGAAGAUGCUCUUUGACCAGGUGGCCUUCGCUCCCUGCUUCCUGGGCGCCUUCCUGGGCAUUUCUGGAGCUCUGAACGGCCUGACGGUGGAGGAGAACAUCGCCAAGCUCAGGAGGGAUUAUACAGACGCCUUGAUCUCCAAUUAUACCCUGUGGCCCGCAGUCCAGAUGGCCAAUUUUUACUUUGUCCCGUUGAACCACAGGCUUGCUGUGGUGCAGAUCGUUGCCAUUGCAUGGAAUUCCUACCUGUCCUGGAAGGCCAAUAAGAUGUGAUGGUCGGGGUCAAAGGUCAAGGACUGUCUAUUUUUGCACUGGCUGGAGAAAACUUAACCAUCUACACUAUUUGGGGGGGGGGGAGAGAUCGCAUCAUAUUGUUGCUAGCUGACAGUUUCUCAUCCCAUGCAAAAACUUUUCUUCUGUAAAAGAGAAGAUGACUCUACCUGAAGCUGUAUUUUAUAUUUUCAUGGUCAAUUAAAAUAUUUCGCAUUCUUCAUUCAGGUAUAGCAUCACGCUGGGAGCUAUGAGCGCACACGUGAGGCACAUGUCAGAAAGCAGCUCCGUUAAAUGAAACUGUCCAACGGCAGCGGCUCAUAUAUGGCGCAUGUGACUGCAAUAUCUUGGCAACGGCCAUAUCAUUGGUCACCUGAGUGUGGGAGGUGCUGUGAUUCAAUACUGAUAAGGGGUAGGCGGUGCCAAAGCCCUGGAGCUUUCACAGUACAUUUAAGUAAGCUGCUGACUCUUACCUAUCGUGAAGUCCGAGAGUUUACUAGCCACAUAAUGACUAUGAUAUCGCUUGUUUGAAGCAAAUAAUGGAGCAAAGAGCAGCACAUCCACUUGGAUUUUAAUUAUGCAUCCCUGCCAUUUGUCAUCAAGAUGACUAAAGCUCUGAAUUCUGAUUACCUAUAUGAAAUCCCAGUCCCAGUCCUAAACAGCCACAGUGCUGAUUUUAGUGUCUUGCCAAGCAUCCCUACAACUUAAAUUAAGAGGGUGUGAACUUAAUUUGAUAGAAGGGUUAAAUGUCCAGUUUGGAGAAAUCACUGCAUAAAGAGGUUAAGAAUUGCAUGGACAGUAGUCUGCAAGUGGUGUUGAAAUUCAUUUUACCUGAAGAAGCAGAGGAUGAUGCGUCUGGGAUCAAAAUGCUUUCUGUGCAUACUAGGGCAUUCCUGUAGACUAAUACUAGGGCAUUCCUGUAGACUAAUACUAGGCAGACUUAAUUGCUCAAUGAUAUAAUACUGUGCGUGAAAACAAAUAAAAUGUAGUUUACGUUAUAAUGUUAUACUGGUUGCAUAUGUUAUUAGAAGUAAACCAAAUACAAUGUUA